AUGGUUGAAUGGGUCCCUUGGGAGGUAGUUUUGGAGAGCAUGGGAGCCCAGAAAGGCUGGGAAUACUUUAAGGAAGUUAUUUUAAAGGUGCAGGAGCUGACCAUCCCCAAGUCACCCAACGAGCCGACAGGCAAGGAGAGUGGGCAAGCUACUUAUGAUGAUUACAGGUAUGAAAUGAAGCCGUGCAAGGAGAAAAUUAGAAAAGCCAAAGCCCAGCUAGAUCUGAACUUGGCCACUAAGUCCUGGCUAACUGGGGAUGUCCCGGCAGACUGGAGACUGGCAAAUGUGAUGCCCAUAUUCAAAAAGGGCCAGAAAGACGAUCCUGGUACCUACAGACCUGUCAGUCUCACCUCAGUGCCUGGGAAGGUUAUGGAAUGGAUAAUCUCCGGAGCUAUCAUGGACCAAUUAAAGGCCAACCAGGGGAUAAGUCCCAGUCAGCAUGAGUUUACAAAUGGUAGAUCCUGUUUGACAAACCUGAUUUCAUUCUUUAACAAGGCGACCUGCUUAGUGGAUGAGGGUAAGGCUAUUGAUGUGGUCUACCUGGACUUCAGUAAGGCCUUUGGCACUGUCGCCCACAACAUUCUCAUGGAGAAGCUGAAUACUCAUGGUAUGGAUGGGCGUACACUCCGCUGGGUGAAGCACUGGCUGGAUGGCCGGCCCCAGAGAGUUGUGGUCAACGGAGUUAAAUCCAGUCGGCUGCCAGUCAUGAGCAGUGUCCCCCAGGGCUCGGAAGAGUUGGAAAUCUGUGUGAGGUCGCACCGCUACAAUCUCACUGCAAUUGUGGAGAUGUGGUGGGACAGCUCGCAUGACUGGAAUGUUGUCAUGGAGGGCUAUGUGCUUUUUAGGAAAGAUUGGCUGGCAAGGCGGGGACGUGGAGUUGCUCUUUAUGUGAGAGAGCAGCUAGAAUGUAUUGAACUCCACCUGGGGGAGAAUGGUGUAGCAGUGGAGAGCUUGGAUGUGACAAGGAAGACUAAAGCCUGCCUGGAAUUGAACCUGGCAAAGGUGAUAAAGAACAAUAAAAAAGGCUUUUUUAAGUAUGUUAACAGUGAAAGGAAGACUAGGGAGAAUGUGACUCCCCUACCAAGUGAGGGGAGUAUUCUGGUAACAGGGAAUGCUGAGAAGGCAGAGAUACUGAAUGCCUUCUUUGCUUGUGUCUUCAGUGAAAAAGCUCUCCUUCGGGAAUCCUGGACCCUGGAGGUUAGUGAGAGGGUCUGGGGAAUGGAAGACUUCCCUUUAGUCAGGGAAGAGGUGGUCCGAGAGCGCCUAGGCAACACCAAUGUUCAUAAAUCCAUGGGACCCAAUGGGAUGCAUCCAUGGGUGCAGAGGGAGCUGGUGGAGGUGAUUGCUGAACCUCUUUCUGUCAUCUUUGAGAGGUCUUGGAGAAUGGGGGAGGUGCCUGAAGACUGGAGGAUAGCCAAUGUCACUCCGGUCUUCAAAUACAGGGAGAAGGAAGAUCCAGGUAAUUACAGGCCAGUCAGCCUCACCUCUGUCCCUGGAGAGGUGAUGGAACAGCUUGUGCUGGAUGCCAUCUCCAGACAACUGGAAGAAAAGGAGGUUAUCAGGAGUGGUCAGCAUGGGUUCACCAGGGGGAAGUCAUUCUUGACCAACCUGGUAGCCUUCUACGGUGUUGUCACUGGCUGGGUGGAUGGGGGGAGAGCAGUGGAUGUAGUCUACCUUGAUUUCAGCAAGGCAUUUGAUACUGUCUCCCACAACAUCCAUAUAACAAAGCUGAGGAAGCGUGGGAUAGAUGAAUGGACAGUGACGUGGGUUGAGAACUGGCUGACUGGCAGAGCACAGAGGGUCGUCACUGGUGGUACAGAGUCUGGUUGGAGACCUGUAACUAGCGGUGUUCCUCAGGGGUUGGUGGUGGCUCCAGUCAUGUUCAACAUCUUCAUCAAUGACCUUGAUGAGGGGAUAGUGGCCACCCUCAGCAAGUUUGCUAAUGAUAUGAAGUUGGGAGGAUUGAUUGACACACCCGAAGGCUGUGCUGCCAUUCAGCGAGAGCUAGACAGGCUGGAGAGUUGGGCACUAAGAAACCAGAUGAGGUUUAACAAAAGCAAGUGUAGAGUCUUGCAUCUAGGGAGGAAUAAUUGCAUGCACCAGUACAGGUUAGGGGAUGACCUGCUGGAGAGGAGCUCUGCAGAGAGGAACCUGGGUGUCCUGGUGGACGACAUGUUGGCCAUGAGCCAGCAGUGUGCCCUUGUGGCCAAAAAGGCCAAUGGCAUUCUGAGGUGCAUUAAGAAGAGCGUGGCCAGCAGGUUGAGGGAGGUGAUCCUCCCCCUCUACUCUGCCCUGUACCACCAGAGCCACGACAACGAAUCUCGAGAUACAAGGUGGUUUCGGCACCUUUCGUUCCCCUGGGGAAACCCGGGAGAGGAGAGUGACCCGGCAGAAGCCUCAGGAGAGAGGGUAGGCAGUGUGGGCAUUGCCGAGGCAAUGGCGGGAGGUUUAAACUGUUUGGCACUCAUUCGCGGGACUGUAUAG